AUGGAGGAGGAUGGAGGAGGCCAGGGUGGAGGUGGUCAUACCCGGAGCGGGAGUGUUUCUGCCUGCCUGAAGUUGUGUCUGGGCUGGGUGGGGGCAGUGGGGGGUGCGGUGGGGGUUCCUGUCUCUGUGCUGCUGAACCUGAGGAGUCCCCAGUGCCUGUACACCUGCAUCACCCUGGUGUGCUGUCCUCUGCUGGUCAGGCAGUUCACUGUCUGCCUGCUGCUGCUCAUGACCCUCAACUCCCACCUGAAGCACCGCAUGGGGAGCAGGUACAGUUUGCUGGUGACACGUCGCCGGGCCCUGUGUGUGGUCCUGCUGUGCUGGGUGGCCUCUGUCCUCUCCUCCUUUGCCCAGUUCAUCGGCUGGAACGUCCUGGACACCUGGGGAGGGGAAGAGGGAUGGCUGGAUGGGCUGGGGCUGGACGGUAUCCCCCCAGGCAACUGGACCACCCCUCCUCCCCGUCCGAUGCCUCCCAAGUACAACCAGGACCGCUCUGUGAUCGGGAAGUACCUCCCUUACGGCGGCUUCCUGUCCAAGUUCUACGUGGAGGAUCUCCAUAACUUCACCUAUGCAGAGAUCCAUGGUAGCCACUGGGGGGUGUGUGCCCCCGACACUGUCCUCAGCCCCCAGUUCCUGGUCUAUGUCUAUGGGGUGACUGUCUUCCUGCUCCCCCUAAUGGGCCUGCUGGCCAUUUACCUAGAUCUGGUCUGUGUGAUGCCCAGACAGGACCCUGAUGGUCCGGGCUCUGGCCCCCCAAAACGCCGCUCUCCCCGUGCCCGCUCCCUAGGCCUCUCCCUCUGCCUCCUUGUCCUCCUGUGUCUGCCCCUUCACAUCACCCACUCCCUCCUGCUUUUCUCCCCAGGCACACUGCCCCCGACCUGGGCUUUCCCGCUGGUCUCGCUCCUGUCGCAGCUCUAUGGUUUGGUGCCUCCUCUCCUCUUCACCAUUCCCACACAACGGGUGGAGGCCGAACAGGUACCCCUACCUCUGCCCCACCUGGCCCCCACAGGGGGUAAGACGGUGGGUGGAGCCCUGUGUUCAGCUGUGCAGGCGGCAUCCUGUUCACUCAAAGGGAGGCUGUGCCCAGAUGUGUGUGUGUAACAUGGAACGGGAAAACAGGGAAGGUGUGUGUGUUAACCCGUUGUUACAACACCAGCAUUCCCAUCUCAUAUGUUCUAAUUCAAUCUCUUAGGCCCUGUUUACACACAUGUCUAAUAUGGUAAUACAUCGAAAUUGCUGAACAUCCAAUUUCCCUGGAGGUUUUCCCACAAACAUAAGUUCCAAUCAUUGUGUGUAAACAGCGCCAUGUAUCAUUGUGUGUAAACAGCGCCAUGUAUCAUUGUGUGUAAACAGCGCCAUGUAUCAUUGUGUGAUUCACAAGGAGCUUCUUUGUGUAUGUUUCCGCAUAUAUAUUCAUCAACCUGUCAGUAGCACACACUAGACGUUAAUUAGUUUUUCACACACUGUGCUGUUUAAUUAUUGAGUCCCAUAUCAAAUAAGGUCACUAACCAGGCUUACAUCCAACCUUUUUAUGCUGUGUAAAGUACAUUUCGGGUAAAAAAGGUCAAGACAGGCCUGAUGGAAACAUCUAAUUUGUCAGUAGACGUUCCAAAUGUCAGCCAAACAAAAUACGCUAGACAAGCUGGGAUCUUUUUGUGUCGGUAAAAUUAAUAAUGUGAGAAAUAGCGAGGAAACGCCUUUACGCGCAAAUAUGCAUAUAAUAACCAUCAUACCGAAGUAAACUUGGAGUCACACGGUAGUCCUUCCACUACGACUCGGGAAACCAUGUAGUUUAUUAGGCUACAGAUUUAGUAAAUGAUGAUCAACUUUACAGGUGGUGAAAAUGCGAGUGAUGAACGUCAUGCUCCUUUACAAUAAAUAUCGAGGGUCUCCCUCUGCCAUUUAACAAAUUAAAAUGAUCUUGCUCUUUUAUCCAGAAUAAUCUCAUCAACCACACUGUAUCUGUCACCUGUUGCCUUGAGCGGAAGUGCCAAACCAGAGUGGGCAUAUUUGCUAUAUAACGCAAACAUUUUUUGUGACUAAACCAUCAGUAGAGUUGACAAUUAUAGUCUAUUUUUUAGUCAGUACAUGGGAAUUUAACUGCAAACAUUAUUUUUAUGUGUAUUACAUCAUCGUGCAGUUUUUUUUGAUCAGCAACGAGAACAUUUGUUGGAAACACUUCUCUGGUGAUAAAAUGCGCAUAUUGUUUUAAUGAGGACUUCUGUCGCCAAUUGGAUGGAAACCUAGCUACUGAGAGAGUAAAUAUCACGCAGCUGACUUCUAAUCUCACACUGAUCCAGAACUAAGCCUGGGACUAGAUCAGGAUAUGUCUGCAUUGUAACAUGCCUUCUGCUGCUGCUGCGGGUGCUAUAGAUCUGGCUUUGAUCAUGUUUAAUUAAGCACACAGUAAUAACAGCAUGGUUGGUCCGGAGACGCCCUCAUAAUUAUAGCAGAGCAACGUUUUUCAUGGCUGUUUUGAUUAACUGUGUAAAUCUAACACUCUCCUUAA